GUCGCUUACCACCCACCUUGUCACCACAAUCACCACACCCUCAUCACCAGCACCUAUCAGCAUCCCAGAAUCACAGCUCCCAAGCCACCCAUCCCGCCUCCCACCCGCAAACCAAUAAAAGCAGCCUCCCCUUCCCCCCAAAGAAAAGAAAAAAUAACAUGGGUAGCAUCACCCCCCUCCCCUAUUGGCAAACCAACAUCCCGCCCUCCGCGCACACCCCCCACUGUCCGCCCUUCCUGCAAUCCCUCUCCGAAAAAGACAUGCACAUCCUCCUGACCCCCGACUCCGCCUACCAGCCCCUCUCCUGGCCGCACGUCCACCACCUCAUCACGCACAACCAGCUCUCCCGCUUCCAACGCAAGCCCUCCGCCCUCCGCCAAUAUCUCGAAUACUGCCACGACAUCAAGCAAACCCACGGAUCCAUGCUGCGCUUCAUCCUGGACGCGAAACUGGGAUGGUCCGAGCCCGACCUGCAUCCGCGGGGUGCUCCCUUUCGGGACCCGCGGGAUUAUAAAAUCCUGCCCAAUGAUUGGCCCUAUGGGAUUGAUGAGAAAAUUGUGCAUUUGGUCGUGUGGACGAAGUUCGCGCUGGAGGAUGAUCCGGAGACGGGGCAUACGAGGGACGAUGUCAAGAGCGAGAUUGAGACGUGGGUGGAUCGCGUGUUUGGAGAGAAGUGUGGGAGGGAGAAUGUGAUUUGGUUCCGGAAUUGGAGAAGCUUGAAAUCGAUACAUUCGGUGGAGCACUUUCACGUUAUGCUGUAUGAUCCGGCUCCUGAAUUCGUGAGAGAAGUGACGGGAAGUAUUUGAACAUUGAGAAGUAGUCAAGUUAGACAUUAAACGAACAGAUUAAUCAUGGGCGGAGUUGAGAGUAAUGGUUAUGGCGUUUAUACAUAGAAUAGUAUUUAAUAGAGUGGCUCGGGUGGGUUAUAGAUAACAGUCAUAAUGGUAAAGAGACUAAUCAUAUAAUA